AUGUUUAUCUAUAAUCUGUAUGGAAGACGUAUUAGUUUAGAAGAAGCAAUAUCUUCAUCAAAAUCCAAUAUAGAUGUGAAACAUUCUAAUCUUCAAGUGAAUUCACCAUGGGAUUAUGAAUUACAAAGAUUUUUAAUACAAGGUGGACGUCAAUUAUUAACGCCUAAAAGAUUACCUCAUUGUAAACGUUCUAUACAAAGUGCUGGUUCACGUUUAUUACAAGAAUAUAAAAUAAAACAAAGUGAAUAUGAACAAGAUAUGGAACAGAAACAUGAUACCUCCCAUCGUGUUAAUAAACCUGCUGAUAAUGAUGAUGGCGAUGGUGACGGUGAUAGUGAUGAUGAAGUUUGGAACAUUGAAUUCAAUGGAAAAGAUUAUUCCUCCAAAAAACAUUCCUUAUCAGCUGAUGUUAAUACACUGAAUGAUAUCAUACAAAAAAUUGAAGAUAAUCAAGGUAUGAACAUUGAUACAUUUAAUUAUUUAAAUGAUGACAAUAAAUUGAAUAAAAGUAAAGAGGAUAUUCGUUCUUCAUCACCUUUAUCCAAUUCUACUUCAUCAUGUCAUGCUCUGUUACAUUCAAGUCUUCAUGCAAAGACAUCACGAACAUCAUCAUCGUCAUCUUCAACACCAACAUUUCCUUCCUCUUCAUUCAAUGAAAUUCCUAAUGAUUCUAAUGAUGAAAUCGAUAUUUCUAAUGAAUUCAAAUUACAUUCCAUGAAAAAGAUACGGAUCAAUCGUGAAAAAUAUCUCACAUAUGAUGCAGUGAAAAUACUCACUUUACCAAGUAAAUAUCGUACAGAAUCAAUGAUUCAUUCAGCCACUGUAUCUGUUAUUGCAACAACAGAAGCAUUCAGUGAAUUCCCAAUUGCUAUGCAAAAAGCAAUUAUAGAAAAAGCAUGGUAUGAAAAAUAUGAAGCUAGACGAAUGAUAAUUCGACAAGGCCAACCACCAUUAAAUUUCUACUUCAUCAUUUCAGGUUCUGUGGUUGUUAGUGUGUCAAGAAAAGAUAAACAAACAGGAGAACCUUAUGAAGAGACUGUAGCUUUUUUAAAAGCUGGACAAAGUUUUGGAGAAUUAGCUUUAAUUUAUGGUGGUAAACGUAGUGCAACUAUUAUAUGUAAAACAUCCGUCGAACUAUUAGUUAUGUCACAUGAUGAAUUUAAUAAAAUCUUUAUGCAAAAUACCCAACAUCAUGAAGCGGAACAUAUAACCUUUUUACGUACUAUCCCAUUGAUACCAAACCAAAUUGUGAAUCAUUUAAAUGGUGUGGAUAGUUCCAUUUUAUUAUUUACAUUUUUUAGACGUAAUGUAACCAUCUGUAUUGAUAGUAAUCAAAGUAAUUGGAUUUAUAUUAUUAAAACAGGACAAUGUAGAAUUCUUAAAGAUGUUGAAUUAAAACCGAAACAUUUAAAGUCAACAGUUAAAACGCAUAGACCUAAAACUGAAUUCCAGUAUUAUUUUGAUUCGUCCAAACACCAUGAGAAAUCAAAAUUGAAUACUCAAAAUUCAGCUAAGAAAUUAGAUAAUAAAAAUGUUAAAAUAUUCAUAGAAUUGAAAAUAUUGGAACCAAAUAGUGUAUUUGGUCUAGAAUCUAUUGCAUUUGAACCGUUCGGUGGUACAACAUCCGUUUCAUUAGUAUCCGAUGGAGCAGAAUGUGUUGCAAUUAAUAAAAAAUUCUUUAUUGAACAUUGUCCAACAAAUUUUUAAAUUGGUUACGAUCUAAAGUUCAACCGUUUCCUAGUGUUGAAGAGUUGGAAUCAAAAUUGAAUACUUAUCGGGAAUGGAAAAUUUAUCGUAAUCACGUAGUUCGGGACAGCACUUCUGGUACUACAUGAUGUGAUGUAUGGGUCAUUUUGAUAAUAAUAAUUAAUGUUAUCGGUCAUAUAUAUAUUGCAAACUAAUAUAAUUUAUUAUGUUCAUGUUAA